AACAGCAGGGAAGUAAAGCUAUUAUAUUAUUAUUUGACGCCACGGUUUCAUUUCGAAGUGUUGAAAUAGUUUUGUGGUAAACGCGCCAGAACCAAUCUAAAGUCACAAAAAUCUAACUGGAUACCAAAGUUUGUUUAGUUUAAUGUCUAUUCAUUUGUCCCAAAGACGUCCUACCUGUUCGACACAGGAAAUGCAUUAAUUGAAACAGUGUUAUUAAGCAAAGGUUACAGAGAUGGAAAAAUACCUUGACUACAUUCCUCAAACGAGUUUUAAUUUGUUUGGAAGAUUACUGCUCUAUUUAUUUGGCGUUUCUGGUGCCAUAUCUUUUGUUAUUUCAUCAUAUUUGUCAGCAAAAACCUCAUUUCAUUGUUACAAUGACUUCACAGCAAGAAAAAAACAACCAGCUCUUAUCCAUUAUAUUGAAUCCAACUGUUGGAUAAAGUACGAAAAGACCCAAACACUUUCGCUGUUUAUGUCAGUUCUUAUUAACUUUGGUGUUGUCUUUGUUCUCAGUAUCAUUUAUGGAUAUUUGGUAGAAUAUCACAACAGAAAAAUUGAUCAACCUAACACAACAGGUUAUCAAAAUAAAGAUAGAAGGACUUCACCAACAAAUCAUAUUCAAGGCGACACCAGUAACCUUCAAGACAAUCGUUCAUCUCCUCAAGUACGGCGCCGUUUUGUACAUGGUAGUGGUGAAAGUGCUCCGUCGAUUAGAAAUGAAUUCCCAUCAACGUCCUGUUCAUCAAACAUCACUGAAUCCUUCGUCAUUCAGCUUAAUGAAGAUUCCCAACUAUCCCCUAGCGAAAAAACUCCUCAGUCCGCUUGUGUGAAAAAAUCUACGUCUACGUUUUUUAUUUACAUCGCAUACUUGGUUACACGGCUUGUGUUUUUGUCGGUAUUUGUUGCCAUUCUUCACCCAAUCAAAUAUCCCAUCGACUUCUCCUGUUCUUUUUAUUCAAAAGUAAUGAAAAGAUUCUUGUCAAAUGAGGAUAUUGAUUGUAUAAAUCUAAACGGUGGUAAAAGUGAAAGGUUAAUACUAUUUAUAGUUAUUGCUGACGUCAUUGUGAUAUCACUGACAUUGUUAGAGCUGUGUUACUUAGCCUAUGUGAACUACAUUGACCGUUCUUUCAAAACAGAAUUUCGUUCAGUUUACUUGUUAGGAAAACGUAAAAGAUUUCUAAAAUGGCUUAAUAAAAUCAAAAAUGACUUUCACACUUACAAAGUAUUUGAAAUACACGACGACUUUGGAGAUGAUCAGAACUCUUGGCGAAACCUUGAUGACAUUUAUGUCAACGUCAUAGUACAAGCAGAACGACAGCUAAAAAAUGCUUACCCAAACACCUUUAGAAGGAAUGAAAUCUUUCAUUGUCAUCUUGAAAGUCACAGUGACGCAACACACCUGACCAAAGCGACAGAAAUUUUCAAAGUAACGCAGAAAAAGGAAGAUCAGUCGUAUCCACGAUCACUUUUGAUUAUUGGAAGACCAGGAAUUGGUAAAACUAUGUUAACAAAAAAACUUGUGCAUGAAUGGAAAAGCAGUGUCGAUGAAAAUGUGAAGAACAUUACAGACGAAUGUGAAGAACAUUAUCUUUUGCAAGAUAAACUCGUUCUUUUAAUGCGAUGCCGUACUUUUAAGAAAGGCGACAUUACCCUCAAAGAAAUGCUCGGUGAUUGCGUUGGAUUUUCAGAUAAGCAGUUUCCAAAAAUUUACGAUUUUAUUUUGUUAAAUCCAGGAAACGUUGUCCUUAUCUUUGAUGGUUUUGAUGAGCUACCGUUGGAUAGUCAAAAUCUUAGAACAGAUGGCUCCAUUUGUGCCGAUGCAGAAAUGCCGGUGUUUACACUGGUGUGUAUGUUGGUUGAGGGAAAAUUGCUGCCAGGUGUCACUGUGCUCAUAACAUCGAGACCCACAGCUGAAUAUGCAUUUAAUUGUAUUAAGUUUGAAAGAACUGUGGAGAUCUUGGGCUUUUUUAAGAAUCAAAUUGAGGAGUAUGUCGAGAGAUUUUGUGGUGAAAAUAAGAGUACUGCUGAGUUGAUUUUGAAUUGCAUUGAUAGCUCCCUGGAACUACGCAGCUUUUGUUACAUCCCCGUCAACACUUACAUUGUCUGCCUGACACUGAAGGAAUGCUAUAUAAAUGAUGCAAAGGAUAUACCGAAGACGAUCACUGAAUUGUACAAAAGAGCUGUAAAAAUUUUACUGUGGAGACACCAUCCACGUUGUAAGGAUGGAUCAAUACGAAAGCCUAUUAGAGGUUAUCUUGUUAAAGAUUUACCGAAAGAACUUGAGAAUGACGUACAGAAAAUGAAAAGUCUUGCUAAAAAGGGAAUUGAGGAAAGAAAGUUAAUUUUUGAGGAACCUAGUUUUGGAGAUUUCCAUGAUUAUGUCAAUUGUGGCUUAUUACAUAAGAUACCAGAUAAACGACGUGAUCUUUACUGUUUUCUACACUUAACGCUUCAAGAAUUUCUUGCUGCUUGGUGCAUUGUUGACGAUUGGCAGAAUCUUGGAAAGUUUUUGGAUGAUCAUGUGGCAGAUCCUAAAUGGCAUUUGGUGGUAGAGUUUGUUGCUGGCUUAGUUGGAAGCAUGAAGAGAGAACAGAAAAAGAGAAAAAUGCGUGAAUUUCAAAGCAGACUUGAAAAGUGGGUGACAUGUCUGACUCGCUGUGAAAGUGAUCAAACGCUCGGUUUUCUCGGUGUUAAGUGUUUGUACGAGUUGCAAGACAGAGAUGCAUUAAUGUCAGCUUGUACAAACAUAUGGUCUAACAGUGGAGUAAUCUUUAUGCCCGGUGUUUCAUUCACGCCUGUUGAUUCUAGUGCAAUAUUCGACUUUCUAUCUGAAUGUGAACACAUAACUGAAUUACAGUUUAGUGAUUGCAAAAUGCUUGAUAAUCAUAGUUGUCUGAGAAUGAAAAAAUUUUUAUCAUCAAUGACAGCCUGUAAUGUACUUUCUUUAAAGUUACACUCAUGCUCUGUAAAUCAUAAUUUUUCGAAGUAUCUUAGUGAAGCUUUGAUAAGUGAGAAUUGCAAAUUGACUAGGUUGGUUAUUAGUUCUUGCCAACUGGAAGAUGAAGGUGCAGCAUUUCUCAGCAAAUCUUUGAAAAGUGUAGACUGUAAAUUAACUGAAUUGGAUAUUAGUGACAACAGGCUGGCAGAUAAAGGUGUUAUACAUCUUAGUGAAGCUUUGGAGAGUGAGAAUUGUAAACUUACUGUGUUAAAUCUUAGCGAUAACAAACCUACAGAAAAAGGUAUUCAUCGUCUCAGUGAAGCUUUGGAAAGUGAGAACUGUAAACUUACUGAACUGUAUAUUGAAAAAAACGAACUAGCAGCUUUAGGUGCUUUAUGUGUUAGUCGUGCUUUGCGAAGCAAGAAUUGCAAGCUUACAAAAUUGUAUAUUUGUGGUAACAGGCUAACAGAUGGAGGAGCCGUUCAUCUUAAAGAAGCUUUAAGGAGUGAGUCUUGUAAAACUAGUGUUUUGUAUAUCUGUGAUAACAAGCUAACAGAUCUAAGUGCUCAGUAUUUUAGUGAAGCCUUGAAGAGCGGAACUUGUAAACUUACUGAAUUAAAUAUUAGCUCUAACAAACUAACACAAAAAGGUGCCAAAUAUAUUAGUGAAGCUUUAACAAGUGAAAAUUGUAACCUGAUGAAAUUGAAUAUGAGCAAAAACAACCUAGGCAAUGUAGGUGCAAAACAUCUUCAUGAAGCUUUGACUAGUGAUACUUGUAAACUAACCGAAUUGAACAUUAAAUAUAAUAAUAUUGCAGAUAAAAAUGCAAAAGAUCUUAGUGAUGCCUUAAAAACUGAAAAUCGUAAACAUACUAAAAUGAACAUUCGUUCUAAUAAACUUGCAGAAUAUAGUGCUAAAUCUCGGAAUGAAGUACGAAGUGCAUUAAAACUUUCAGGUAAAUAUAACAGCUCAAGGAAUGUAGGAUAUUAAAUCCAGUAACUGACGUUAACGGGGAAAAAUAGUUAAGGCUAACGUGUCCAUUCCAUUUUCAUACAUUAUCAUAUGUUUUAAGCUGGUUUUAAAAGCAUAAUUGCCUCUCAAAAAUUAUAUACGCAAGCUCUUUGAUGGCCAAUUUUUGCAAUGAGGUGGCAGAGGAAUUUUUUAUAGAAUGACUAAUAAAGCGAAAUAGUUGCCAAACUCCAAUUUACUUGAUCAAAUAAAUUAUCAUUUUCAUUAUGAAGUCGUGAAAUACAAGACCUCCUUCAUACGUUACCAAGUUAACAACAUCAUCGUUUGGUGUCAAAGAGCAAUAAUCACCUUCAAACAUUUGAUAGUUUAAAAGGUUAGACUAAAAUUUUGAUCGGUUGAUAUUAAAAAUCCAUUCAGGGCUUGAAAGACA